CCGUUGCCAAUAGCAACAUGAACUGCAGCACAUAAACGGUUAACGUUAGUCCUUGAACUUACUCGGAGACAUAAAGUUAUGAAUUAUUCGUCGUGUUUGGAGUCAAUUCUGGAGAAGGUGAAACCACUUAUACCGACCAUAGACUUCGAUUCUUUAUCGUUUGAUGAUGAACAGAUUGUCACUGUCUAUCAAAGACCAGCUAGUCUUUCCCUGGCGGUCCCAGAAGACUUCAGUUUUUCAAUGGAUGAUGAUGAACCAGAGGAGCUGAUGAAACCUGUGAAACCAGAAGAGAAGUUGGAUGAAGAAGUCACCACUACAGCUCGUUGUGCUACACAACACCCUGAUGCUGAUUUCAAGGCAGGUGCUUACGAGGGAGGUAUUGUAGAUACGAGGCUGGAGGCCUCAGUAAAAUCUGAUGAGGGUUUUCCUGUUCUCUCAUUUGCGAGACUUGACCAGUGGGAUUUGGAUGAUGUCCUCCAAAAUGUGGCAGGGGAUGGGCUAUCCCUGCAACAAUGUGCAUCAGUUGUGCCUGCAAAGACGCAUGAAGAUUGUGACAAGUGCAGAUCCCAGGGGGAUAUGAUGGAGAAACUUGUUGCUUUCUCUAAUAGCCAAACAUCUAAAUUUGUGUCAGAGCCUGUGAGAAGUCUAAACCACAUCGGGAUGGCAGCAGAGUUGCAGCGGAGCCACAAAGAAUGUCCCACUGUUUAUAUUGACCUGCGUUGCUGUGAUCCUUUAAUAAAACCACCAAGAACAUCCCCAAAUAUUUCAUCAGAGUCCAAGUCACCCGCCAAACACAACACCCUCCAGGAAACACCACCUGCAAAGAAACCCAAUCUUAAAGUGCAUACUGGAUCACAGAUGGAGGGCAGGGAAGUGACUGGCAUGAGCAUGUUGCUUCAGAAAAUAAGGAAGAUGAAUAUAAAUGGGAAUAAAGAUCCCAAUAAGUAUAGAGAGAAGAAAACAACAACUCGGCAAAGUACAAUCAAAGAACCAAAGCAGCAGAGUGGCCAACAGGGACAACAAGUUAAACAGACAUUGCAACAUGAACAACACCAGGAAAUUCUUAGGCAACUGGAAAUACAUCGUCCAAUCAAAUCUGUCAAUCAGCUGCAGCCAGCUGCAGAAAAAACUGAUGUCCUUUUUGAUUUUGAGGCGUUUCAACUACCGUCAAUCAGCGCAUUACCUGCAGAGACUGGAAGUAAGGGGUGUAUGCUACUGAUUGUUAACCUCUCCAGUCCUGGCAUGGUUGGAGACAGAGCUAAUGACAGGAGAAAACAUCUGUAUCCAGCUGCAACCAGAUCACACAUCUACAACACUUUAGUGGCUUGGUUUCUGUCUUUGGUUGGCCCAGAUCCACGUCACAAUGAAGGUGAGGCUGGUGCAAAGGUCCCAUUCUGGGUUGCAGGACUUCAGCAGCUGUGGACAGAGGAUGGACUGGCUUUGCAUGUUUUAGUUGUGGCACGUCACUGUUAUGCAGCAAGGGAAAGGGACAAAGACAUCCAUUUCUAUAAGCGUGUGUAUAGAUUCCUGUCUGAGACCUCAUUCAGUCUCAUUGCCCACUGGCUACCUCAGCUCAAAACCCUGCUGGACCAGCAAGCCUGUCCCUCACCUAUCCAUCUCCCCUCUUCCUAUUUAAAUCAUUUCAUCUCUGCUACCUCUAAGAAAAAGGUUAUAGAUAGGGUGUUUGGUCUCAGUCCAGGGUUUUACUGGCAGACUGUGGAAACUCAGGAGCAUGUUUGUAAGGGGAGAGAGACCACACUAGAUCUCCACACAGAGGUAUCAGUUGCUGUGGGAAGCAAAGCUUUCUUCCUACAUCCCAUCAUAACACAUUACACCCUCCAGCUUAUUCUCGACUCAGGACUUGAUGUGUGUGGUCUGCGGCUCCUUUAUCCACCGCAGGAAUUCCUGAGUGACGGUGCUGGUGCUGUGCCAGUCAUCAAGAGAACCGAUGAGACAUGCCAGCCUGUUCUUGCCCUGGCUGUUCGGGGCCCUCAUGCUCACUCAGUUUUGAAAGAUUUAACUAGUACCUUAGAUCUUCUGCUGCCCAGACAGACAGAUCCAACCACUAUCCAUUACAGUACUCAACAACCUCCACUCCUCUACUCCCCCGGACUGGCCACUCAGGUUCACAAGGAGCUGUGCUUGUGGUUUUCAGGAAGAGUCAGAGAAGGAAGUGUACAGUAUCACAACCAGCUGAAUAGUGGCAGAGUCAGUGGCAGCCUAAGCAGAUCACCUUCCUUUCUGUGUGCUACAACAAAAGCUGACUUACUCCUUGUUGUGUCGCCCGUCGUGCCUCCAUAUUGCUACAGCCAAAUUCUGGCUGUUUGUGAACGCAGAGGCUUGAGUCUGAUGGGGCUGCAGAGGCUGCAGCUUCAAACCAAUGGAACCAAAGUCCUUGGACUCAACAAACAGCAGGCACCUGUGUUCUGCAGUCCACACACUGUGACCCUGGAUCAGGAAGAGCGGGAGCUGCACUCUCACUGCCUGGUGUUGUUAUUGAGGAAAGAAAAUGCGAUUCACCACAGUGUUAGUCUGCCAGCAGCCCUAAUGAGAGAAUUUAUGGCACAAAACCUUUUGGGUUGCAUCCACUCGAGAAUUGAUGGUGUUCACACAGUAGACCCAAGCUUCUGUUUCCACACUGUGCCUUACAGCAGUAACCUGUUUCAUAUCUUUGUUAGGUGCAUGUGGUCAUUGCCAGAUCCCUCCAGUGUGAUCCUGUCCCGUCAGAAGCGUUCAUCCAACUCUAACAUGGAGCAAGUUGUGGUUUUAACCUUGUGUGGGAAAGACAUGAGCCAUGGCCUGAGCCUCCUACACAGAGUACUGACAGAAGAGGCAGAAGGUGAUGGGCAACAUGCGAGAUUAAAGCUGCUUGGCCUGAAGUAUCUGCCUGCAUUGAGUCGAUUUCAGGCGCAGGAACUGAGUCCAUAUGAGGUGGGAGAGCAGCUCUAUCUCGACAGCUUGGAAAAUCUGAUGUCCUCUCCUGCCUUGGUGUGCGCUCUUAGACAGGUGGAAGCUUCUGCUUCACUGAGGAAGCUCCUACCACACAAUUACCCUGGUAACGUCAGUGCACUGAUGUCACCCACACCGGAAGCGGCUUUCAGACAAGCCUCCCUUUUCUUCUUUGAGCAUGAGAUGACUCCUGAUGACACAAUACUCCAACUUCUUCCUCAGACUUGCAGUAUAAAAGAUCCACAGAUGCGGCUCACUGUGUGCGUCUUUAAGCCAAGAAUCUGGAAUCACGAUCUGGCUGAGAUAGUCCGCAAACUCGAAAUGAGUGGCCUCACAUUGGUGGGCCUGCGUGUAGUGACCAUGAACAAAAACAACGCUACCUCACUACUGCCUGCAGACAGUGACCUGUCAGACUUGAAAGCCCAUGUGGAGUACUUGUGCUCUGGCUCCUCACUGGUUCUAUGCCUCGAGGGGGAGAAUGCUGUGAAGAGGCUGCUGGAAGUGCUGGAACAAGUGGACUCAUUCCUGCCAACGACUUCUCGUGGCAUGGGUCAUUCAUACAAAGGCAGCUAUGGAUCGCCAUCAAAUCAGAAAGCAAUUCAGGAUGUUAAGAGGCUUUUUCCAGAGCUCUGCUGCACAGUGAGACAGGAGCAGGUAAUCAACAUGUGCUCAGACCCUUUAGCCACUGAAGGUCUUUUACCUCUGAUGGCGACAAGACCAAAUGAAGUACCAGGGUCCCUGAUACGAAGUGCUCUCUGGCAGACAACCUGUCUGCUGAUACCCUUAAACGCUCCACCCCUCAACCAAGUGCCAUCCCAGCUGGACAUGCUGGAGCAGCUGCUGAGGUCAGGCUGCCAUCUGGUGGCAGGUAGGAUGAGCGUACUGGAUAAUGAGCAGAAGAAACAUAUAGCUGAGAUGCUGUCUUCAAGAGGAAAUGAGAUGAUGGCUCAUCUUUCCACUUCACCCUGUUUCAUCGUGGCUGUGCAAGGGGAAAUGAUUGUGACCCACUUUGACUUGAUCCUUCGAAGGAUUUACAAGGAGAGGUCCGACCUAAAAAAAUUGGGGGAAAUGAUCAUCUACCCCAAGUAUGAGAAAGAGGCCAAGCAGCUGAUACGCUACCUUUUCGAUGCUUUGUCUCCUGAGCGCUGUCAUACCAUUGUGCCAUAGAGUUUAAAUGGGUGGCUAUGUAUUAGCACAUUUUGUCAUUGUUUUAGAUAAUCUAAAUAUUUUAAAUUCAAUGUUAUCUAAUAAAAUGUUUUUCUUUUCCUUCC